CAAAUCUUGAAAGCUUUUCGAUCCUCUUGAAAGCCACGUCAAAAUGCCUUUUUUCGCAUCACUCACUGAAAUUUGGCAGUAGUGCUACUAGCUACUUGUCACUAGGAUCGAAGAUGGCUUCCUAUCAGAUGGAGUGGUCUCAAUCUCGGAAUCUGAGUGUAAGAAGUCCAGAUGCACUGUGUAGUGUGGCAGAAAUUGACGAAUUUGAUUUCUCAAAAGCAUUAGUAGAAAGGCCAAGGUCGUUGAACAUAGAGAGGCAGAGAUCAGCAGAUGAAAGAUCAAUGAGUGAACUAUCUGUAGGGUUUUCUCCACGUCCGUCCUCAACUAAAAAUGAUAACUCUUCUCGCGCAGGAGACACUUUUGAUUCUGCUUUUUCUCCUCUACAAAAAUCAGGCAUCCCAAGAUCACUCAUAUUGGAUCCACAUCCAAUAAUAAAUGAAGGAUGGGAAGCUCUGAGGCGUUCCUUGGUCUAUUUUCGCGGCCAGCCGGUUGGUACAAUUGCUGCCUUGGACAAUUCUGAUGAGAAACUAAAUUAUGAUCAGGUCUUUGUUAGGGACUUUGUCCCGAGUGCUCUGGCUUUUCUGAUGCACGGGGAACCAGACAUUGUUAAGAAUUUCAUCUUGAAGACACUUCGUCUUCAGUCAUGGGAGAAGAAGAUUGAUAGGUUCCAGCUAGCAGAAGGGGUGAUGCCAGCUAGUUUUAAAGUAUUCCAUGACCCUGUCAGGAACCAUGAGACUCUCAUAGCGGAUUUUGGAGAGAGUGCAAUAGGCAGGGUUGCUCCUGUUGAUUCUGGAUUUUGGUGGAUUAUAUUACUUCGUGCAUACACAAAGGCUACAGGAGACUCUUCCUUGGCUGAACGUCCUGAAUGUCAAAAGGGUAUGCGCUUGAUUCUCAGUUUAUGUCUUUCGGAGGGGUUUGACACAUUUCCAACUCUGCUAUGUGCUGAUGGAUGCUGUAUGAUUGAUCGUAGAAUGGGUGUUUAUGGUUAUCCCAUUGAAAUUCAAGCACUAUUCUUCAUGGCUUUAAGAUGUGCAUUGCAAUUACUUAAGCAAGCCACGGCAGUGAAUAAGUUCAAUGUGAUUCCUGAUUCUCUACCAGAUUGGGUUUUUGACUUCAUGCCUCAUCAUGGUGGAUACUUCAUUGGCAAUGUGAGUCCAGCUAGGAUGGAUUUCCGAUGGUUCUGCCUUGGAAACUGCAUUGCCAUAUUGUCCUGCUUGGCAACUCCGGAGCAAUCCGUUGCGAUCAUGGAUCUCAUUGAAUCACGGUGGCAGGAAUUGGUUGGGGAGAUGCCUGUCAAAGUUUGUUAUCCAGCCAUUGAAAGCCAUGAAUGGAGGAUCAUAACAGGAUGCGACCCAAAGAAUACUAGAUGGAGUUACCACAAUGGUGGAUCUUGGCCAGUUCUUUUGUGGCUUCUCGCCGCAGCCUCCAUCAAAACAGGGCGACCUCAAAUCGCAAGACACGCCCUUGAGAUUGCGGAGACCAGGUUGCUGAAGGACAAUUGGCCGGAAUAUUAUGAUGGGACACAAGGUAGAUACAUUGGGAAGCAAGCUCGCAAAUUUCAAACAUGGUCCAUUGCUGGCUACUUGGUGGCUAGGAUGAUGCUGGAUGACCCAUCCCAUUUGGGUAUCGUUGCAUUGGAAGAAGACAAACAUCUAAAGCCUUUGCUCAAGAGAUCAAAUUCUUGGAACUUGUGAACUCUUUCUUGUCUUUGAUUGAUCAAUUUUGUCCACCUUAUGAUAGAGACUAAGACCGACAUGACGCUCAGUAAUCCUUGUUUACCGUAUAUGUAGUUAGACGCAAUAGUGAGUUAGUUACAAGUUAAAUUGAGAGUAGCUGAUGAACAUGGAAUGUAACUUCGUCAUAUUUUUCAUUAUCGCAUUUAAUAUGUGAUAAACUUACGUAGAUAUUCAUUCAUUCAUUCCUCAAUCUAUGAUCUACA